UCCACCAUUAAGCAUUGACAUACAAUCUCACUUGUUUUACAGCUUUUAUCCUACUUGCAAACAACACCCUUCCGUCACCCUCCAAUUUUUGCCAUUCCGAGUAAAAAGAAAAUUGUGUUUACUGUUGAACACCAGUCCAUGGGCCAGCUGGGUGCUGUGCAAGCAGUGAGACGAGCAGACUGUCGCAUAGGCGGCAUGGUAGGUCUCGGCUCCAAAGCCACGGGAGGCCCAAUGGUCCCCACUGGAAAGAAGAAGUGGCACAGGCUCAAGAGCCAGUUGAUCCGUGGCCUACAAACGGACUGUGUGUGUUUCUGUGGUGCCAUAGCACAGCUGUGCAGUCUAGGGUCUGGAGGCAGGCGCAGGAGAAGACGAGACGACGGAAGAGAAAGAGAUGGUGAAGGAAGGCAGUGAGCGUGUCUGUCAGUCGGCUAGCAGGGGAAAGAAAGAAGGGGAAAGGGCGCUGGCAAUGAGAGCAAGGCCCAGUGUUGUGCUGGCCACGUCACUUAUGUCUCAACUGGUGAUCCUACUGUGUGGACACAUACUCCAACUCCAGUAUCAUGGUGCUGAGAGCGGUGAAUGGUGUCCCAUUCCAACCUCAGAGAAGGCAAUUGGCUCAGAUUGUGUGUGGACCAAAGUUUUUUGUUCACUGAUAAUACUGUUAACACCUCUCACACAACUCUCACUAUCUGCAAAACAAAAAAUAUCGGUACCAAAACAAGCUGUA